UAAAAAGCUGUCCACAAACACCCCAUUUCCUCCUUCAAUCUUCCUUUAAAACACAAGAUCAUUCCCACAAAAUCAAACGCUUACCAAUCUCUCAACACCUUAAAAAAUGGCACCAAGUAAUAAUGUGAUAGGAGCCAUAAACUUUAUAGGAAUACUACUAGCAAUACCAAUUAUCGGUACCGGAAUAUGGCUAGCUAGUGAUCCAGAGAACUCAUGCAUUAAGAUCUUACAAUGGCCCGUUAUAAUCAUAGGUGUAUUAACCCUAAUAGUUGCCCUAGCCGGGUUCGUGGGGGGGUUUUGGAGAAACGCUCCUUUACUAAUAUUCUACCUUAUUGGUAUGCUUAUUAUGAUCAUUUUGUUAGCUUGUUUGGUUGUUUUUGUGUUCAUGGUAACAAAUAGAGGGUCGGGUCACCCGGCCCCUAGUCGGGCUUACUUGGAGUACAGGCUUGAUAGUUUCUCGGGCUUUCUUCGACGGAGGGUUAAUGGCCCGUUUAAAUGGGCUUUGAUAAAGAGUUGCUUAAGUUCGUCAAGUAUAUGUCCUGAGUUGAACCAGACUUAUACAACAGCUCAAGAUUUCUUCAAUGCUCCUCUUUCCCCAAUACAGUCAGGAUGCUGCAAGCCACCAACAGCAUGUGGCUACACUUUUAUAAACCCAACAUUUUGGAUAAGCCCAAUUGAUACAGCUGCAGACAUGGAUUGCUUGGCAUGGAACAAUGACCAAACUCAGCUUUGCUACUCUUGUGAAGCUUGUAAAGCUGGUUUACUUGCUAGUCUUUCUAAGCAAUGGAGAAAAGCUAAUAUUAUCUUAAUUAUUGUGCUUAUCCUCCUUAUUUGUGUUUAUCUUUUUGGUUGUUGUGCUUUUAGGAAUGCUAAGACUGAGGAAAUUUUUAGAAAAUAUAAGCAAGGUUAUACAUAAUAAUCAAACUGGAUUACUUUUAUAUAAAUAACCUUGCUUCAUUUUUUAAAUGAUUAUUUUACUUUGUACAAAGUGUGUUGAAUUAUGGACAUUGGAAAUAUAUGUUGAGUUUAGUUUAUGUUUAUUGUUUCAAUGAGCUAAA